UGGAUGCAGGCAUGGGAUUUUGAACUUCUUGGAAUUCUCCAGAUUUUGCUAUUAUCACAGCUACUAGACCCCUGGGCUUAAUAAUGUUGGUUAUUUGCACAUUGCACUGUUCAGUUUCUCUCAUUAGAUUUCUUAUGUUUCAGACAGGGUUUUGGUGUUCAGGCUAGUCUCCAACUCCCUUUGUAGAGCCAAAGCUUUCCAAGGAAUCCUGAUCCUCUUGCUUCCACCUCCGGAGUGCUAGGAUUGCAGCCUUGACCCACCAUGCCCGCCUUCAGAUUUCUUUUUUCUUUUUUUAAUCUUCUCAUUCUCUGGUUCUCACUACAAGGAGGGUGCUCGAUACACUUAGCUAAUUAAAUGGGACUGGGUCUUAAAAGUUCGGAGUUAUUCUUACAAGGGCGUGCCAUCUGCUGGUUCCCUGGCGUAUCUGUCACUAGGCUUGGAGCUGUUCCCCCACGACCUCCCUUUUCCUCUGCAGGUGCUUUUUUCCCUAUCCAACCGUAGCCAAUUUUUAUUUCCUCCAACCCUCUUCCACAGUCUGGGCAGUCUUAAAACCUGGCACAAUGGAGUUUGCGUUUCGGAGCUCCGGAGUGACCAGAGCAACAUAACUGAGCAUGCUCAGUCGCGAAGAGCUGUUUUGGAACACAAACACAGCGAGCCUUGAAGGAAGAUUUUUCAAGGCUGCUGGUUUCAGGAUUGGAUACUACUUCCUCCAAGAAUUCUAUCAAGAUGUUACAGCUCCUCCUACUCACCCGACCGCCACACUUUCUCCUUUUAUCUCUGUGCCCAGUUUUGGAGCCAGCCUUCCUUAGAUGCCCUGGCCAAUCAAGAGGCCACACAUUGUUGCCUAAGAGACCCCGGAUGCCAGCGACAGGAUUUAUAGGUGGCGAUUGGACUGCUGGAAGCGGUGAGGUGGGGGCUGAAAGGAGUCAAGGAAAGCUGUCCUAAUGCAACGAUAGCAACCCCAGAACCAGAGGCUUGAAGAAGGAGGCCAGCUGCUGAGUUGUAUCCCAAGGAACAUGAAACACAGUGACAGGCAGCCAUAAAGGAAAGGAAGCCAUAAGUACCUGCAGCUCGUAUCUGAGGACAAGGAUGAGACAAUAGUUGUUGUCUUGGUAGACAAGGUGUAGUCUUUCUUAUGGAAAAACACCAGUUCAUUUCAUGAUGGCAUUUGCACCUCCCAAAAGCAUCGAUGGCCCAAAAAUGCAGACAAAGAUGAGUACCUGGACACCUCUAAAUCAUCAGCUUCUGAACGACCAGGUGUUUGAAGAACGAAGAGCGCUGCUUGGAAAAUGGUUUGACAAAUGGACAGACUCUCAAAGGAGAAGAAUUCUUACAGGCCUGCUAGAGCGCUGCUCCCUGUCCCAGCAGAAGUUCUGUUGUCGAAAACUGCAGGAAAAAAUUCCAGCAGAGGCCCUGGACUUUACUACCAAGCUUCCGAGGGUGUUAUCUGUCUACAUCUUUUCCUUCCUGGAUCCCCGGAGCCUUUGCCGUUGUGCACAGGUGAGCUGGUACUGGAAGAGCUUGGCUGAGCUGGACCAGCUCUGGAUGCUCAAGUGCCUGCGUUUUAACUGGUACAUCAGCUUCUCCCCAACGCCCUUUGAGCAGGGUGUCUGGAAAAAGCACUACAUUCAGAUGGUGAGAGAACUUCACGUCACCAAGCCCAAGACACCUCCAAAGGAUGGAUUCAUAACUGCCGAUGUUCAGCCCAUCCCUGGCAGUUCUCCAGAGGAGAAGCAGUCCCCUUCCUUAGCUUUUCGGUCCUCCUCCUCCUUAAGAAAGAAGAAUAACCCUGGGGAGAAAGAGCUUCCACCAUGGCGAUCGUCAGACAAGCAUCCCACAGACAUCAUCCGCUUUAAUUAUCUAGACAACUGUGACCCAGAGCUCUUCAGGCUAGGAAGAAGAAAAAGAAAGGAAGUGACCCCAGACUUCAAGCAGCAGUUUCGAGAUAAGAAAAAUAAGCUUCAAGACAGAGCCAGGCUCAGGAAAGCACAGUCAUUGAUGUCAAGGAGAGAUCUGUUGUCACUAUGUCCCUGAGUUCCCCUCCAAAAGUUCCAGUUCGUCUCGCCUGGCCUCUGCAUCUGCCAGGGGCACCCUCAGAUCACGAAGCAACAACCGAAGUUCUCACGGAGCACCAUCAGAAUCACCCUGGGCUUCCAUCACCCUCUCUGAGGCUCCAGAGUCAAAGCUGACUUAAGGAUGGAAAAGGGCUUUUCUCUAAAUGACAAGGUGUUCUUCACAGCUCAGACCUGGAUUCUAACUAGUCCCUCUAUUAAACUCUUUUGGCCUAAGUA